AUGCCGAUCCGGGCUCCCUACAGGUACCCUGCGGUCGGAGGGAUCCUGCCUCCCAGCUUUGGGCUUUGGGGAAUCGAGAUCUGCCAGGCUCCCCCAUUUAUAUACUGGCUGCUGGGCUGGCGCGGGUCUUCCGCCUCCCGGGGCCGCUUCCAUUUCUGGAGUCCCCGGCCCGGUCGCUGUGACGUAAAUGCCCAAAUAUGGACACAGGAUGUGGUCCAGGGAGUCCCGAUAAGGAAAGCUCGCUGGCAAUGUACGCGGUUCCUGCUCGCUCCCGUGGUCCCAGAGGACCACAAGCGGGCUCCUCCCGCCCUUCACCGUUCUGGUGGGGCGCUCCUCCUUCGGGCGCUCCGCUCCCCAGCAACGCGAGAGCCCGCGCAGACUGGGCCGAAGCCGAGCUCGAGGCAGGGGCGGGGCGCGCGAGCGGGAGCCCAGUGCGCCUGCGCAGGGAGCCAACGGUCGCGGUCACCGUGGGGCUGGGUAAGGGAGACACAAACAUGGAGUCGCCGGCCCCGCGCUUGGGCCUGGGAGCGGGAGAGCGGGCUCAGGGGGAGAAGGAGGAGGCGGAGGAGCGGCAGCCGGGGAAUGGAAUCUUGGCACCCCCUUAAUGUAGAAAUGGACAAUUGUCACAGCCUGCUUGCGUCUUCGGCCAGGCUUAAUACGAGAAGGGAAGAGAGUGACCUGUCUGAAUUCCCCUCUGUGGAGGAGGGGAUGCUGACUAUAUCUGAAGAGGAUGGGAGGGACCAUCCUGGAGAGGCUUCAUGUUCCCCGUUGUUAGCCAUUCAGGACAGGAGCGGCUCUCCCCAUAUCCCGUUGCUGGCAUCAUCUCCGACCCAGAAGGUCUGGAACGAGUCUCUGUUUCAGCAGAGUGAGCUGGAGUUCGCACCUCUGAGGGGCAUUCCUGAUCUCUCUGAAGUUUCAGAAUCACAUUCCAGACAGUCCCAAGGCAACGAAGCCCUGUUUCCAUCCUCCUCUGAAGGGCCCUUUGACUUCUUCGACAGGUCUCUCAGUUUGUGCCCUAGUAAGACAGGCGGGAUCAGCACCAGCACUUCUUACAACGCCAGCGGCAUGUGUCCGCGCAUCCCUCGUCAACAAAUGCACGUUUACACAGACAAAAAGGCUACGUCUUCACCUGAUACGUGUGAUGAGCUUUCCAGAUCGUAUGGGACAGACAGUGUCGAAACCCUCGCUUCGGCUGUGUCACUGAGGAGGUGGGAAACUUCCCAGAAACCAGGAACAUUUCCAGCCAGGCAGGGCCAGAGUGUGCUUGCAGAUGAUGGUGUUUCUCCUUCCGACUGCAAAUUUUCACAUUCUGUCCUCCUUCCUUGCUUAGAUAAAAACAGACCAGGUUUUUCUUCAUCUACUGAUAGCUCUUUUUGUGAGAAUUUUAAUUAUAAAAACCCAGGAGAGUAUAAGAUGAACCCCAAACUUGAGUGUUUGAAAUCAGAUGACAGCAGAGUUAAAAGGUUGGGGGAUGUGUGCUCACCAUUUAAAGGAGAGCUUUCUCCCAAGUUUACGUCUCAUUCCUUGCUCCCUGUGUCUUCACAAGGCCAGUCUAUGCAGAAUCCUCUAGGUCCUGAUGUGAAGUCUGUAAAACUUUCAGUUCACAAUGACAGCACUAGAACUGGACCUUGUGGUGUUGCUUUUCCUUCUGGCUGCAAGCGUUCUGUUAAAUUUAAGUUGGAUGACAUGCUGAAAGCAGGCCUAAAGGAAGGUCAUGAUGAAACAGUGGCAUUCCAUGAGGUUGUGGCUUCCAUAGAGCCGAUGACAAGUAAGAAGAGCUCUGCUGCUGCUGCUCCGAACUUAUUGGGUGUCGGACUAGAUUGGAAACAAAACAUUUCUCCCUCUAGUUCUCCCCCUGAAGAAUCUCCACCAGGACAACCGGCUCAACCAAUCUAUCAGUCAACUCCUUUUGUAUUUCCUGUCCAAAAUUUCACUCCAGAAGCGUCUCUGAAGUCACUUCCUGUCUCUUCAAAAAUUGAGCCUUCUUUUGUUUUCCCAAAUGAAGAAUUAGCCAACCCUUACCCCAAAAACCUCGUUUGGAAAUCCCUGUUGCCUUCAGAUAACCAGGAUGUAAGCUGUAGGCCUAGUGAGAAGCCUGAGACUACUUCUGGAGAUCUGCCAUAUGUUUCAUCACUAACUCACACUUACUCGCCCACUUCAGUAAACAUUCUACAUCAUGAUAUUUCAUAUAAUUAUACAAGUCAGGGUGAAGCUUCCCUCACUAAGGCAUUUAAGGAGAAUGUGCUUAGGACAAAUCCACCUGUGAAGGAUGACACCAACAUUCGAGGUCCACAGCUCAGUGAAAAUAGUAUUAUCUCCAGUGGAAGAGUUGCGGAAAUGCUUAGAGAGGAGAAGUAUAACAUGAACAAUCUCGCAGAGACCCGGGAUCCUCUUCAGAACAGCCUUGACCCAUCGGGGGGCUCACAAUUCCAUCCUAGUUUCACUGACCAGUUCAGAGACGGUGGCUCGGAGCACAGCAUUCCUCCCUUGAGUUCUUCCCAGGCAAAGUCUGAUAAGAGCACAUCCACCGUGGACAACACACCAGCGCCUGCAGAGCUAAUGCUCUUGGAUGCAGAGGUCAAAGAGUACCAGGAUCGAACUUCACAAACACCACCUGAGAAAAAGGUGCACCAUCACCACUGUUUCAUUAACCCCCAUGCAUAUGUUCCUUCAAUACCAUGUGUUCCAGUACCAGUCAUAGAGCCGCAAUUACUAUGUCCUAAUACGUUGAGGAUAUUUUAUAAGAGCCCAAAGAUCACUUCAAAUGUGCGUUCCAACUUUAAUUCUGGCAUCUCUCAUGUCAGCUGGUCUGUUCCUGUGGAGUCCCACUCACACCGAAGUUUACCAGCCCCCAUCGAGACAUCACAGCAUCGAGAUUCCCAGGAGAAAAUGGUCAGUCAGCUUGAGAGUACCUCUCGGCACUGGGAGGAGCAGGCUUCUGCAAGUGCCCCAGAGACUUCCUCUAAGUGUGAGCAAGCUGAGGAGAAAUCAGUAUCACCAGCUCUGCCCUUGGAUACUCGCUAUCCUAAAGAAGAUUUCAAAAUCAUUUCUGAACGUGUCCAAAGACUGAUAGAUCAUUGGGAUUCCCAUCUGCUUGAGAGCAGUGCCCAUGCUACACCUUUGCCUUCACCUACACGUAUGUCUGUAGAUAAAGGUGGUAAAAAAGGUACACUGACACUUUCAGACAUCAGGGGGACACCUAUAUCUGUGGAUAAAGAUGGGAAGAAGGGCAAGUCAACACUUUCAGACCUCAGGGGGACACCUAUAUCUGUGGAUAAAGAUGGGAAGAAGGGCAAGUCAACACUUUCAGACCUCAGGGGGACACCUAUGUCUGUGGAUAAAGAUGGGAAGAAGGGCAAGUCAACACUUUCAGACAUCAGGGGGACAUCUGAAGGUGAAUCGAAAACAGAUAAAAGGCUCCACACACUCCUGGUAGAGGCAGAGAAUAUCGCACGGAAGCGCUUUAGCAACUCCCCAUCUCUUUACCCUGAUGUUAUAUCCCCUCGGAUCAACAGGCUGAACAAUAGCAGGGAGGCCCCUGUGACUAAGGACUCCUUUGGGUUUUCCCAGAGGUCAACAAGGGUUGAAAAUGUGACCCCAGCCACGAAGGUGGAGACUAGCAUGAUCAAUCAUUUCACUUCCCAGAGGGGUACUGGGAAAACUCAGGAAAUGGAGAGUAAGGCCAGAGUGGCCUUGAAGGAGACGCUCAGACAAUACGAAACAGCCCGCACAGUGUCGAGAUGUGAGCCUGGCAGAAGCAGUGCCUUCAUUGGGGAUGACAUUUCAGUGCCUGUGAUCCCUUUUAUAAGCAGCACUUCAAGUAGUGACUCCAGCAAUAUGAGAGUUUCCUACAUUUGGGAUCCUGUUUCUGAUUCCUUCUUUGGGUACCUGCCGAAUAUCCCAACGCACGUGUACAUGGGAGAUAUUCGAGAGAGAGAAAUUAUUUCUGAUAGCGAUGAUGGCAGCAGCAGUGAUGAUUCCUUGGCUGUCCAUGUGCAGCAUCUCCUGAAAUGUGAUAGUCCAGGGAGCUUUGCCACACAGAUGCUGCGGAAUGCAGAGGAAGAGGAGUGUAGAGUACGAGCACGUGCCUGGAAUCUAAAGUUUAAUUUGGCUACUGAGUGUGGAGACUUCACGACAGAGCUGGAUGAAGCCGACAUGAGGAAGGUGGAAGAGAUCAAGGCUGGCCUGUUUGGGCGUGGGAGGCCACUGGACGUAUUCCAGGAUUUUCCGUGUCCAGUGGGAGUAAGAAAUAUCUCGGAAACAUUAUGUGAUCAUAUCUUUAUUGAAGCUCACGAAAAAGGCUGCUUCAGAACUAUGGCUAAUGAACCAUUUGGUAGUCCUUCUCGAGGUUUCAUAUCUAAUGAGUCUGCAGACAUGAGCCAAAGACAGUUGCCAUCAUCUUGGCGUGCAGUCUGUGGCAGCCAGGCAGAGUCAACUGUCCAAACUUCUCAGUCGAAAGCAUGGAGCUUCUCUAGGUUGGAAAGUCACCAACCGUUUCCAAGCUCCACAUCCGAGUUGCAUUAUGUGAGCAGGGGGACUCCAGGAUCAUUCCAUGAAGAGAUGGAGACCCAGCUGGCGGGAUCAGUGGCACCUGCUUCUAUAUCCUCUCAAGAACCCAUCAGUCUUCCAUCUCGUCCAUCUUCUGGAUUCUCCUCCGAUGCUUCAGUUGUGGCUCAAGCUGACCAAGGACAAAGCCCUCCCCCUGUUCAGAGAUCUUCCGUGCAGAUGUCUAAGAGCCCUCUCCCACUUUCACGCAAAACGCUGGUGAGUGUCCUAAAGAAAGAUCCAGCACGUGCAGGAAAGCACCACCGUCGGGUAUCUAUUGAUCUGUCUGUUGUCAUGAAAAGUGUUCAAGAGGAAGAACCCGCAGCAACACCACCUAUUGAAACUGCCGCUGAGCCUCAGUGCAGUAUCAAGGAGGGUCGGCCUUCUGACAGGCAGGACCUUGCCAGAGGAUUGAGUCCCAAGUCACUUGGAGUAAAUGAGGAAGGUGUCAAUGCAGUUGCAGAAUUCCCUUCGGGCAUUUCCCCUGAGGAGCAAGCAAAGGAUUAUCAACCUAGAAAUAUCCCACCUGAAGAUAACGAGGUGGGUCCUGGACAGUCCUCAGGGACUCCUCUUUCUCAGCGUCAGGGUAAGACUAUGGGGAAGGAAGAUCUGCUGAAGCAAAAAAGGCCUUCUUCGAAUGUGGCCAGUGUUGAGUCAGAGUCAAACGUCACAGUCUGUCCAAACUCCCCAGCUCCAGGAGGAGAAGUAUCACCUGCCUCUUCUUCAUCUUCAUCUCCCAAACAAAGAGCAGUCUCUUAUCUCCGUAUAACUCUCUCCCCCAAGGCUUCUAAUGCCAAGCUGAAUGUGUUAGACAGUGGUACUGGAACAAGACUUAAUGAGUCAUUGAGUGUUAACACAUGUGCCACAGAGUCAAGAUCUCUUGUGCCAUCGGAACCAGCCCCUCGGCCACAUCACAAGAAUAGCCAGUCCUCAAAGUCCUUUUCAAAGCAGACCCAAGUUAAUAUUUCAGAUUUGGGUGCUUAUUCACAUUCUAAAGGAGCCCAGAACACUCCAAAUCGUAGAAUGUCAGAUGACUUCAGCACUGCAGCUUCUGCCACUUCUCUCAAGCUGUCAUCGGAUGCUAUCACUCAAAUAACAACUGAGGGCUCAGAAAAGGCUACAUUUUCAUCAGAGAUUUUUAUUAAUUCUCAGGCUCCCAACAUCCUUAACAAGCCAUCUCAUGGCCUGACUGCUCAGCUCUCGCUGUUGCCCUACAAGCCUUCUGGAAGCGCCCAAGUGUACUAUGUUCCAAACUCGGCGGAGCCAGCCCAGUAUCCUGUUGCCAAAUCAGAGACCACGCUCGAGAGCACCCACUCAGGCUCCAAUGAUGCCAUCGCUCCAGAUUUCCCCCCCGAUGUCCUGGGCACACGGGAUGAGAACGUGUCCGAUAUCGUAACCAUUAAACACAGAGAGGGCAUCUACAGCAAGAAGACCGUGUGUAAGUCAGCCUGGACCGAAGCACAAAAUCCGCCCCCAGAAAACGCCUCAGAAUCUAAAAAUCAGUUGGAACUUGAAAACACUACCCAUUCUGUCUUCAAGUCGGCCCAAUUUUACUUUCACCAUCCAGUGCACCAUCCCCACGAUCAUGAUUUCUUCUGCUGUGAGCCCUGGGGAAGGGUAACUUGCCCGGCUCCUUCCAGAAGAGACUUCUUUCCUUAUGCAGACAAGGACCCUUGUUUCCCUCCAUGUGAAGAUGAGUGUAGAUUCUCCCCCCUACAGACUGAGAUGGACUACACCAGGAUAGAGAGCUACUGCUGGAAUGUUGCAGGGGGCAGAGAGCCAGGGGCCAGGCAGAGGCCUGAAGAGAACCUCCAAGUUGGGAGUAAAAGGAGCAGUGCAAAAGAAACUGCGAGGAUCCGCUUUUCCCUAGCGCAGACGCUCGAGCCCAGCGCCACUUUGAAUGAGCUCUGGAACAGGUUUCAAGAGCGACAGAAGCAGCAGAAACCACCUGGUUCCAGGUCCUCGGAUGAGUUGUCCUUGGUCGAUCGUCUUGAUCGCCUGGCGAAGGUCCUUCAGAAGCCCAUGAUGCUCUCUCUCCAGGCUUCUGAGUCUGCCCAGGAUGAUUGCAGAGGGGAGAGCACGCAGCAGCAGAAGAGGAGAAGGCACCGGCUAAAGAAGGAUGAAAUCGAGUCUCCAUCUUCUCACAAAUCAAGGUCGCCCCCCCGCUCUCCAUUUGGACUACUGGGUGGUGACCCAGUGAGCCUUGCCCGUCCCAAACAGGCAGGGCUGGAUUCUGUCAGUGUGAUCUCUUCAGAUUCUAGGCCCUCACCUGAGCCCGCAGAUCCCGUGUUGGAGUCAGACGUGACCACCCAGACUGAUGGGGAAGCUGGCCUACUUGGGGAGGUGAGCAGUGACGUGUCCAUCAUUGGUCCUGCCCGGAUAGUCCAGGGAAGAAAGCGUGAAUCACCCAAACAGCAGCAGAAGCACUUGUCUGAGAGUAGGAAAGUAGCCAAGUGGAAGAAAAGCCUCCCGCCUUCUUCUCAGGUCAGAAGGAAAGGCACGCAGGUGGAUUCUGUCAUUUCCUCAGACUCCUUCUCAACUGUCAGUAGUGCUUGGGGUCCAAGCCCUACCCUCAGGAAUAAGCAGAAUGUCCGGAUGUUAAAUAAGGGAGUUCAAACAGGGGAAGUGGAGACUGUGAGAAGUACAAGGAAACACACUCGAGAUUUUGGGGUGACUUUUCCAUCUCCCAAUUAUAAUGCGACUCAUACAAGGGGAGACAAUUCUGUGAACCCUUCAAGUCCAGGAAGCAGUUCAGAAGAAAAGAAGCCUCUGACCAUUUACCUGUGGUCCAAGAAGCCGAGGAGAAGUAAACCCCCCUGCUGUGAAGAAAACCUGAGAUGUUCCUCCAAGAAGGAGAACCAGGCCAGUGCUUUGUCUGGGCCCGGCCCCUCCUGGUUCGCCUCCUUGACUCACACCAAGCCCUGGAGGCAGCCCCUUCGAGAGAAGAACUGUCAGACGGAUGGCCAGGGAAGUGGGAGAUUGCAGGCCGUGCCGCCCGUCCUUGGUGAUGACGACAGAGAGGCCCAGAGACGUUUCGUGAAGUUAAGCCUGCAGGAGUCCCUGGAGAGGCUCCGUCCUGACUUCAUCUCGCGCUCUGGGGCUCGGGUCAAGCGGCUGAGGCUGAUCAAGGAAGAGAGGAAGCUGCAGUGUCUGCUGCAGAGGGAGCGAGAUGAGCUGUUCAACACCGCUGAGCAGCAGAGGGAGUCCCAGGACAUUGCCAGCUUUCUUUCUAAGAAAGGUUACGUGACCAUGAGGAACAGGACGAUAACCAAGAAGGAAAUGGUGCAGCGAUCAAAAAGGAUCUAUGAGCAGCUUCCUGAAGUGAGGAAGAGACGGGAAGAAGAGCAGAGAAAGUCAACUUAUACUACAUACCGGUAUAAGGCCCAGCUCUACAAAAUGAAAAUCACCAACCGUGUCUUGGGGAGAAAAGUCCCCUGGGAUUGACAAGCAAGAGACUCUUUGAAUUCUUAUGUUUUAUGUUGUUGUUUUUAAAUUCCAGACUUGUGCGUGGGUAUAAUGUGUGAUGUGAAUAUGUAAUAGUUUAAUAUAUGUUUUUGUGUGUAUUUAAAUAAAAGUUACUUGAUGUGCAGCUUAAAAAGAAUGAUUUUAUAAGGGUUUGGGGGAGUCACUGAUGCAGGUGGACAUGACUUUCUUUUUGGGGACCUUCUUCCCACCUGACUGUUCUGGAACAGUGGCUUUAUCUUUCAAUUCCUUCCAGAAGCAGGGCUUUUUUUGUAUGUGGUUUUGUACAUUUAGAAAAUAAAAGUCUUUUGAC